UAAACAAAAACAAAACAGCGCGUCUUUUACCUUUUUAAGUAAUUUGGGGGAGAAAUUUCUUGCAAAAAAUCAUGGAUCCCGCAAAUUUAGAGGCCUUAUGUCGUCUCUGCUUGCAAAAAUUGCCGAAAAAACGCAAGGAAUGCUACGAGUUCGACGAGUCCUUGGAAAAAUAUCCCGACACAACGUUCGCCGAAGCAUUUCUCAGCUGCACGGGAUGCAAUAUCCAGGAGCAUGAGCCCCAACAUAUGUGUUUGUCAUGCGGAACGGAGCUAAUGAUGGCCUUCGAUUUACGUGUCAAGUGCUACCAAACGCAAGAAGUGCUCGAUAAGCUAUUUGAGACUGCCGUCAAUGAGGAACCUUUGCUCGAAGAGCCUCCUUUCGAGUAUGUCGAAGGCAUUCCGACAUCAAAUUACGACGAAUACGGUCAAGAAAGCAUCAUGGAUGAGGAAAUCGAGUACAAACCGGAGAUAAAACCCACAAAAAUUGUCGUCAUUAAGAGAAAAAAGUCAGAUUUGAACAUAAAAUCCCUGCCAGAAGUCAUGAAUUUCCCCUGCGAAUACUGCGGAACGACUUUUAGAACUGAAUCUGCGCUUAGAAUUCAUCACGAAACACAUCAUUCGGACCAAAAACGACUUGAAUGUCCAAAUUGCCUGCAACUUUUCUUCCCAACGACGUUCGAACCACACAUUAAAGUCUGUACGAUGCUUGAUGUCGACUCAAAAAACGUCUCCGAUAAACGACAAAAGGCCAAAAACUCUUCAAAUCGCAAAGAAGUGUGUCCCAUUUGCGCGGAAAUACGUUCGCAGUACCACAUUAAAUGGCAUAUUGAGCGAUCGCAGCAAAUAGACGCCGAAGGCAACGUCAUCACGCAUCCUUACAUCUGCGAUAUUUGUGGGGCACGAAAAACGGCGAAAAGUUACAUCCUCCAGCACAUCCGGAACGAACAUUUGAACAAAUUCGUGAAAUGUCGUUACUGCCCGGCGGAAUUUAAGCAUCCGAGUACGCUUUAUUCGCACGAAAGACGCGAACAUACCGACAAAUGUCCCCUGCUAAAGUGCAAAUAUUGCGAUUUUAUGUCGGCGACGCACUCCUCGUUGCGAGUUCACACCUACAGCAAGCACACGGGCGAGAAAAAACACGAAUGCAACAUUUGCUUUGCGAGAUUCGUGACGAAAUGGAAGCUGCAGGAGCAUAUGGGGAGUCAUAGUACGGAAACGCCGUUCUCUUGUGAGGUCUGCGAUGGCAAAUUUAAGACGAAAGAAGGCGUGCGACGACAUCAAACGAAGGUGCAUGGACUUUACAAGAUGAUUGAAUUUUUUAAGAUGACGGAGACAAAAACGUGUCGUGCAUGUCUCAAAUCUCUCACGGAUGAUGGAAGAAAUUUAUCAGAUCGCAUUGAAAAAACGGAAUUAGUCAUUUCCUAUCGUCAAGCCUUUGAAAAAUGCUCUGGAUAUGAGGUCACAGAUGACGAACCACAAGAAAUUUGUAACGAAUGUGCGUCAGAAUUGCGAUUUUCGCUUAAUUUCAAGCAAAAAUGUGAAGAAACUCAAGGAAAAUUGGCAAAUUGGUUGAGAUGCAAGCAAGAAAUUCGAGAAACUGUCGUCAAAAUGGAAAUUUUUGCGGAAAACAUCAGUGUUGAAGAGGAUUUUGAUGAUAGGCAAGAUGAUUUUAGUGAAAAACAAGAUGAUGUAGCUGAAAAACAAGAUGAUUUAGCUGAAAAACAAGUCGAUAUUACUUGUAAAAAAGACGAUUCGAGUAAACAAAUUAAGAAUUUCAAGUGCUCUCUAUGCGGAAAAUGCUACAAAACUCGUCAAAAAAUGUUGGAUCACAUGAAUCGAUCGCAUUUGGAGAACAAAACCGAAACCUGUGAGUACUGCAAGCGGAAACAACAUCCACAAGAGCUCGAAACUCAUUUAAACCUUUGUUAUAUCGCGAGACUGAAGACAGGGAAGACAAAACGAAAAACCGGUUACACGAAAAAAGAGUCAAAAGUAAAAAAUUGCAAAACUCGCACCAUCAAAAGCCGCAUUUGUCCAAUUUGCGGCAUGCUGGAGUCCAUUUCUCACAUUUCCAUGCACAUUGCAUGCAAAAUGCCGAUAACCAAGAAUUUUGUUUGCGACAUUUGCGAUGCUCAAUUGACAACGAUUCAAAGUAUUCGGCGUCACAUGUCGACAGUUCACCUGAAACUCGGUCACAAGUGCAAAAAAUGCUCGGAAUCCUUCGAAACGUCGCAUCAACUGAACAAACACACGCGAAUCGUGCAUCCUGGCGUCUUGGCAAUCAUCAAAUGUGAAUUUUGUGGCGUCACAUUCAACAAUUAUGCGUGUCUCCGGAAGCAUCGUGCCCGUCAUACCGGCGAAAAGUUCCAUAAAUGCAACGUUUGUGGCAAAGGGUUCGUGCAAAGUACGUCGCUGAAGAAUCACAUGGCGUCGCACAGCGAUGAGCGUCCCUAUCCGUGCGAAUAUUGCGGCUUGGCGUUCAAAACGACGAAACAUCUGCGAAAUCAUCGGAAAAAUCACGAAACGCACGAAUACGAGUGCCCGGUUUGCGAGAAAACUUUUUCCACGAAUCAGUAUUUGAGGGAGCAUCUGGCGAAACAUCAUCCGGAGUACGAGUUGCCGCCCAAAGGAGCGAUUAUGAACAAAAAAUACCGGAUCAUGAUGAAGGAAAAGCAGUUGCGGGAGGAGGCGUUGAGGCAGGGAAUGCACUCGAAGCAAGUCGAGAAGAUUGUUGUCACGGAGGUGCCGUCGUUGGAGGAAAUGUUGCUCGUGCAGAAGCAUUUUACGGAGAAAUAAAAAUCGGAUGUCGAAUAAUUUAAGAGCGUUUUUGUACUUUUUUUCUCAAGUCAAUUUUCAACCAACUUUUGAUGGGUUUCAAAGCUAAAAGUUAAUAAAUAUGCAUUCUAAAGUUGAUUUCCAU